CCAUACAAUGCAUGCCUGGCUCAUGAAACCUCCAUGCCAUGCCCGAGGUAAUCCCCGAACCUAGGGGUCCACAGCGCCUCAUUUAUUAUUUCGGUGACCGGUACAGGGGGCGUUGGGGGCGGGUCCGGGCCGUUUCUGAUGAUUUGAAAAUUAAACUUUUGACUCCUCUCCAGGCUCGUCUCGGUGAUUAACGCGGCUGUACUUCCUAAUGUCAUUAGGAAUUUGUUCUAAUGAAUGGGCUCCGAGCGCUGACUCAACAUUAGAAAAAAGAUUGAGGGGGCGACCCCCUUUUGCCGGUGAGACGUGUGUGUGUGGUGUAUGAUGAUUAUUUUGGUUGUUGCCGCCGCUUUCGUUCUCGGGCACCGAAGCAAAAAGGUUCAAUCCAUAUAGAUAUACCCACAGUGAUCUCCCAAACGGGGGUCACAGAGGCUACCACAUCGACGUUCGACCGUUCUUCUCUGGCUGGACCUGCUUUGACUUGAGUCCGUCUGCCCAUGUCAUCAUCCUCUACCAUGUCAGCCUCUACGCCGACUCUGAAUCACACAGAGAUGGACGUAUCCACGAAGCAGGCCACUUCGUCCAAAGCACCGAGCGUGCACUCUCAUGCCUCUGCAUCCCAAUCAGCCUCAUCUCAUGCACCGUCCAAACCCGUCACAGCAUCACCUACCGCUGCUGGUCCCAAAGAGGGCAAGGGCCCUCCGAAGGGCACUGCAGCGUUUCAAGCUCCGUUGGACAUUCCCAAAUGGAGAUUCUGGCUCGUGUUUCUGAGUCUGUUGGUCUCCAUCUUCCUGUUCGCCCUCGAUCAACUCAUCCUCGCCACCGCCAUUCCCAAGAUCACCGCGGCUUUCGACGCCCUCAGUGAAUUAUCAUGGGUCGUCAACGCGUUCUUCCUCACGCUACUCGGAUUCAACCUCAUGUACUCUCAAUGGCUGCAGAUCUUCCCUUCAAAACACGUCAUCCUAUUCGCUGUCUUCAUCUUUGAAGUGGGUUCCUUGAUCUCUGGCGUCGCUCCCAGUAUGGAUGUCCUCAUCUUUGGUCGAGCUGUCUCUGGAGUCGGUGCCGCUGGACUAUUCAGCGGUGGCAUGAUCAUCACGGCCGAAUUGACCACAUUGCACGAGCGACCAAAGUAUUUCGGAUUGUUCGGCGCUUGCUUCGCCCUUGCAUCCGUCAUUGGACCUCUGAUCGGAGGAGCGUUCGCCGAUCACGUCAGCUGGAGAUGGUGUUUCUACAUUAACCUCCCUUUCGGAGGAAUCGCCAUGGCUAUGAUCACCGUGUUCCAACCUGCCUCUCACCCCCUGGGACGAAAAGAUUCCUACAAGGGUUACUCGAAAGAGAUGCUCCAGCAACUACUCCGAUGUGACUGGCUCGGUGUGGCCUUCUCCAUGGCUUGGGGAUGUUGUCUCAUCCUCGCUCUUCAAUGGGGUGGUGUCACCAAAGCUUGGAACGAUGGAAGCGUCAUUGCCUGUCUCGUCAUGACCGCUGUCUUGCCUGUCCUCUUCAUUCUCUAUGAAAAUUGGCUAGGAGAUCAAGCCAUGUUCAGACUAGCUCUCAUCAAGAGGCGAUCCAUCGCUGGCGCUUCGGUCGUUCUAUUCUGCUUGUUCGCCGACAUGAUGUUCAUCAUCUACUACCUCUCGCUCAAUUUCCAAGCCGUCUACCACUUCUCCGGUGUCAAGGCUGGAGUUCACCUGCUUCCCUUGAUCCUGGUUCAGGUCGCCGUCCUCAUCGCUUCAUCCCGUAUCAUCCCCAAGAUUGGCCGAUACAAGUGGGUCAUUGUCGCUGGACCCGUCUUUAUCGCUCUCGCCUGUGGUCUGUUCUACACUGUCAAGUAUGGAGACGAUGUCGGCAAGCUUUACGGCUUCCAAGUCAUCUUUGGUAUUGGAAUCGGUCUGGCUAUGCAGAACUCGAUGUUGUCCGUUCAAUACGAUCUCAAGGCUCAACCUUGGCUUAUCGGCGCGGGUACUGGAACCGCCGUGUUCAUUGGCUUUGCGGGCCGUAUCUUGGGCAUCUCUCUCGCUGGCUCCGUCUUUGAAAAUACCAUUCAGACCAACCUACACAAAUAUGUCCCUGAUCUGCCUCAACAACUGGUGUAUGCCGUCGUCAACUCUGCCGAAGCCGUCUGGACUGUCAUCCCUGAUCAACUUCGACCAAACGUCCUCGUAGCGUACACUCAUUCCCUCCGAAAUGUCUACAUCAUGGGAGUCCCCUUCGCCGUUAUCGGUUUCUUCGGUGCACUCGUCAUUCGGGACGACAAGAUGCAAUCCAAAGCCGAGGAACAAGCCGUCAUUGCAGCCAACAGGGAAAAAGAAGCGCUUGCCAAGGCCGCCGCUGAAGGGAAAUCCGUCACACCUACCGAUGCUGAGAAAGUUCAAGCUGUCCAAGAUGCCGUCUCUGACGAGAGAGAACAACAAGAAGCCAUCGCGCUGGCAGCUGUGGCUCCUGUCCCAGAGGCUGUGGUAGAGGGUGGACCCGAUGCGAGAGUUUUGAUAGAUACUCAAAAUGGCAAGAGUCCAGUAUAAGGGGACCCCCUUGUGUCGUGUUAGAUGAUAAUAAUGAUGCAUCUGAAUGUUGUCUUGGGAC